UCUGGGUUCUGCAUUGCCACGGACACCUCGCGUGUUGCUAUGGCACAACAGGAGUUUGGCAGUGUAGAAGUGCUGACUCAGUAUCGCACGGGGUGAUGUCUCUGGUGGUGUUUAUUUGCAAUAACAGAAGCCUGAAGCUGCUGUUUUCAGAAAUCCGUGAAGCUUUCCGGGUGCUGGACAGGGAUGGGAAUGGCUUUAUCUCCAAGCAGGAGCUGGGCAUGGCCAUGCGCUCGUUGGGGUACAUGCCCAGCGAGGUGGAGCUGGCGAUCAUCAUGCAACGCCUGGACAUGGAUGGGGAUGGCCAGGUUGAUUUUGAUGAAUUUAUGACUAUUCUGGGUCCUAAGCUGGUAUCGUCGGAAGGCAGAGAUGGCUUUCUGGGAAACACAAUAGACAGCAUAUUCUGGCAGUUCGACAUGCAGAGGAUAACGCUAGAAGAGCUGAAGCACAUCCUGUACCAUGCCUUCCGGGACCACCUAACGAUGAAGGACAUCGAGAACAUCAUUAUCAACGAGGAGGAGAGUUUAAAUGAAAACUCCGGCAAUUGCCAAACAGAGUUUGAAGUGCACGCCCAGAAGCAGAACAGACAGACCUGCGUCCGGAAGAGCCUUAUCUGCGCAUUUGCCAUGGCCUUUAUUAUAAGCGUGAUGCUGAUUGCGGCCAACCAGAUCCUGCGGAGCGGCAUGGAGUAGCCUCUCACCAUGACACUGUGACCCAAACUGACCAUGCAUGCGCAUGCCACCGGGUGAGCUUCCCCCGAACCGACUCUCACACGGCAAAGAGACAGAGGCGGGCAGAUAACGCACCAUUCGACAAGGAGCCUGGGGCCAGCAGCGUAACGUGUCUUGUGAAUCAACCACAUCCUUUUGGCAGGGACAUAAAAGGGCUGUCUUAACGCUUUAAAGGUUUUGUUUCCUAAUGCAAUAAAAAUAAAAAAUAAACACAC